CGCUUAGGGAACGAGACGCCGCAGAGACAGAAAGUGCGUCGUGGAGUAGUGCUGUGUCUCUUCCUCGUCCAUGAGUCUUCAAUGACAAGGCUGGAAAAAGCAUAAGAAGGAUAUUAAUUAGACAGCCAGAUUCUGAGCAAAAAGGAGAGCUAUAGAGUCGAAGUUUAGAGCCUUUUGAAAAAAUCAGGCGGAAUGCCCAAGAAACACAGGUUCCACGAAAAAGGGACCAAGCGUUCUCGCCGUGAUGAAGGUUUCUCUGAUGAUGAAGAAUCUAAUGAAUUGGAGGGUGUCCCACAAGCAUCCAAACAGAAUGUUGAGGAACGAGGACAACAAACCACGCCGAAGGAUCAGUAUGGUGCUUUUGAUUACCGCAAGGAGGUAGAGCUUCGAGAUGACCACGAGAGUCGACCUCUUUGGGUAGCCAGCAAUGGCCAUAUCUUCCUGGAAUCUUUCUCACCUGUCUACAAACAUGCAAAGGACUUCCUGAUUACCAUUUCAGAGCCUGUAUGCAGACCAGAACACAUUCAUGAAUACAAAUUGACAGCAUACUCUCUUUAUGCAGCUGUGAGUGUGGGUCUUCAAACUCACGACAUCAUAGAAUAUCUGAAAAGACUUUGCAAAACAUCACUUCCUCCUGGCAUUUGUGAGUUUAUUCAGAGUUGUACUCUCUCAUAUGGUAAAGUCAAACUUGUAUUGAAAAAGAAUAGAUAUUAUGUGGAGAGUGAUUUCCCAGAUGUUAUCCAGAAACUCAUUAAACACCCGGUCAUUUAUGACUGUAUGCUGAGACCAAAUGAAGGAGUCACAAGUUCUGAACGUCAAAAGUCACAGUCCAUUAUGUUCACAAGUCAUCAAGCACAAAUGGCAGGUGGAACAGAUAUUUCCAAGCCCAACAGUAAUCCAGAAGAAGGAACCAAUGGUGAAGCGAAGGAAGGAGAAGCAGUCCCCGAGGAUAUCAAUGAUUUUUAUGAUAAGUUUGAGAAGGCAGAUGAAGAAGAAGAGGAGGAUAAGAAUCUAAAAACUUUAUCAUUUGAAGUCAACCAAGAUAAAAUUGAGACCCUACAAAAAACAUGCAUUGGGCUGGAUUACCCACUCUUGGCAGAAUAUGACUUUAAGAAUGAUACUGUCAAUGAAGAUAUUAAAAUUGAUCUCAAGCCUUCGGCUGUCUUACGACCAUAUCAAGAAAAGAGCUUGAGAAAAAUGUUUGGUAAUGGAAGAGCAAGAUCUGGUAUUAUUGUGCUCCCUUGUGGUGCUGGUAAAAGUUUAGUGGGUGUUACAGCAUGUUGCACAGUGAAUAAAAAGGCUUUAGUACUUUGUAACUCGGGAGUGUCUGUUGAACAGUGGAAACAACAGUUCAAGAUGUGGUCAACUGCAACUGAUGAUAUGAUUUGUAGAUUUACCUCUGAUGCCAAAGACAAACCUUUCAAUGCAGGUAUUUUGGUUACCACAUAUGCUAUGAUAUCCCACAACCAGAAACGAGCCUAUGAAGCAGAGCAGACAAUGAAUUGGCUCAAGGAACAGGAAUGGGGUAUUAUGGUUUUAGAUGAAGUACACACUAUUCCUGCAAAAAUGUUCAGAAGAGUCCUUACCAUAGUCCAGUCUCACUGUAAGCUUGGCUUAACUGCCACUUUGGUCCGAGAGGAUGACAAAAUCGCUGACCUGAAUUUCCUUAUUGGGCCAAAAUUGUAUGAAGCCAAUUGGCUUGAGCUACAGAAGGAAGGAUUCAUUGCAAGGGUCCAAUGUGCAGAGGUAUGGUGUCCCAUGACACCAGAGUUUUAUAGAGAGUAUUUAACAGGAAAAGUAUCUGACCAGAAAAUUAGGCUUCUUUGUGCUAUGAACCCCAACAAAUUUAGAACUUGUGAAUUUCUUAUCAAAUACCAUGAGAACAGAAAUGACAAGAUUAUAGUGUUUAUUGAUGAGGUUUUUGCACUGAUUCAUUAUGCCAAAACUAUGGGAAAACCUUAUAUCUGUGGUAAGACAGGUCAGAAGGAACGUAUGGCCAUCAUUCAGAAUUUCAAAUUAAAUCCCAAAGUCAACACUAUAUUCUUCAGUCGAGUGGCAGAUACUUCCUUUGAUAUUCCUGAAGCAAAUGUCUUGGUUGAGAUCUCGUCACAGGGAGGAUCUAGGCGACAGGAGGCCCAGAGGUUAGGUCGUAUCUUGAGAGCUAAAAAGGGAGCCAUAGCAGAAGUUUACAAUGCUUUCUUCUAUGCCUUGCUUUCCCAAGACACGAGGGAGAUGGGAUACUCACGCAAGAGGCAGAGUUUCCUCAUCAAUCAGGGCUAUGCUUAUCAGGUAGUCACUCCUGCACAGAUGGUAGGAAUGGAUGAGGCACAGUUGCAUUAUAACACUAGAGAGGAAAAAGUAGCAUUGCUUGAACAGAUCCUUGCUGCCUCAGAAUCUGACAUGUAUGAGGAAGGUGUGGGAGGGGAACGUAUUAUAGGGGGUUCAAUGCGUCGACCUGGAAACAUGGGUUCCAUGUCGGGUGCGGAUGACCAGAUCUAUGGUGAAAGGAGGAAGGGCUCCAAGAAGGAUCACCAGCAUUUCCUUUUCAAGAAAUACAGAUCCUAGUUUACAGGAAAAACUAGGCAGUAGAUUUCAUAAUGUUCUUCCAUUUUCAUUUUCAUUCAUAGCAUCGCGUUUACUUUCUCCCACUCCUAUAAUGAGGCCCCUUUGUAUCAAAAGUACUGUAUAGAGUAUAUGGUAAUUACAUGAUGACAUUUGGUGACUGUGUAUUUAAUGGCUAAUAUCUGUUAUGAAUAUAUUACAAAAAAUGGUAAAAAAAUCUCUGUGAUGGUUUCCAUAUUCUGAUUGAAGUAAUGGUGGUUAUGUUUAUACCCACCAUUAUUUUAAUAAUUAGAAGAAAAACAGAUGUAUAAUUUGUUUUGUAUUCUAUGUUUGGAUAUAAAUAAACAAGAAAAACCUA